AUGGCUAAUGCUUCGCGACAACGCCACUACAGACACCACAGAGGAUCGGGACAACCACGGAGGACAGACGGCGAAGAUAAUUCUGCGCGGGCGCCAGGCCCAAGGCAGAAGGAGUCUGUCCCUCCAGUACUUGGUGACUGCUUAUUGUCGCAGGGCAGGCAGGAGCUUCGAGAGGACCUUGUCAAGCUUCUCGACCGAGCAAAAGGAGGGCGUGCUGACCUUGCAAAGGAUGCUGCAGUCUCGCAAGAGUUCUCCAAGUCUGCCCAGGAGAAGCUGGCCCUUGCCUGCAUAGGAAUGUCAAGUAGUACACAGGAAGAUGUCGAAUUGAUGUCCAAAGUUGUCUUCGCACUCUUCAACAAUGAACUGGUCAAGUCAUUUGAUCCGCAACCCAAGGCUACCCCCAAUUCGAAUCUUGGUAUCCCUAAUACUACCAGUACUCAAGCGGAGACUAUUCAACGCAGCCAAGUGGACAUCCUCCGAGCAUUGAGUGCGGUAUUGUUCGAGAAUGGUGCGAUGGUCAAUGAUGCAUUCCCAGACCUUAUUGACAUCCUACUCGGAGCAUGUUCAAGUCCGAGGGGACAGGAGCAGUCUGAACUGCGGCGUAUGGCACUGAACUGUCUAGCAAACUUGGUGCACAAGACAGGAUCGUUAUAUUCGACUUACCACAACCGGAUCUACGAUCUCCUACUAUCGAACCUGACGACUACAUCAUAUUAUGAAGUGGGCACGAUGGUCAGCCUCUCGAGCACCGUACGACGGAAAGAUCGCGCUUCAGAACGCAAGGAAGACAAGGCACUUUCGACGCGUUCUAUGCCGCCACUCGUAGAUGUCAUUUGUCGAUUCAUGUUCUUCACAUCCGACACAACUGGACACCUUGCAGCAACACCCUCGUCAAGUGCAUUCAGCAUUGGAGUCAUCAAGCGCUCCUCUUACGCCACUCCAACAAGCUCCAUUGCAACCUCAACCUCUACAGGACCUUUGAGCGGCCUGCCACAUGUUUCAGAUAUCUAUGGCGAUCCAUCACUGUCAAUUCGUCGCAGUAUACAAUCUUCGGACUCGGAAUACUCGGACUCAGAGUCGGGAGUCCACCAGGCGCAGAGGAUGCAACAUGAUGGCAAGGUCCGCCUGAACGCCUUGCUCUGCCUGCAGGCUAUAGCAAGGGCUGUUCCAAAGCAACUGCAACCGCACUGGCCAAAGUUCUUGACAACCUCUGCAUCUUCACCUACUGCCCUCGCAACAUACAAGACGCCUUCAUUGUUGAGUUUGAUGGGGUCGGACCCUAUACCCACUGUGCGCACAGCAGCGUGCAUCGUUCUUGGCAACAUCCUGGAGAGCUCGAAGCAAUAUUUGGCCAUGGCUGAGGAGAAGUCGCAACUGUCAGGAAUGAAGUCGCAUGCCGGUAUCCUAACGCUGUCGGAGAAGGUCGGAUUAAUGACAAGGGAGUUGCACGUUGGAGUCGCGGCCGCCAUGAACAACGUCGACAGCACCAUAGAGCCAACAGUCGUUAUCCAGAUGAUCAAGUGUGCCACCUCGGUUGUCGCGAACUGCACAUACGAGAAGAUGAGACGCGGACUAGCCCUUACGAUAUUCAGCUCUAUCAGGCGAUUCUUGGACUCUGACGAACCAGGGCUUCAAGCAGCGACACUCUUGUUUAUGACGGCGCUCCUGAGCAAUACUAUUGCUCAGACCGACUUACGGGAGACGAUUCUUUUACCAUCUCAAAAUGAGACUACUGCGCCCAAUCUUUUGUCGCAACUUAUGGACCUGAUCUACGGCGUAGACAUCCCUAUACCUGUCCGUGUGGAAGCAUGGAACACUUUGAGUGCUAUCGCGCGACAUCACUUUGUGGUGAUCCAGUCUUCAUGGCCGAGAUUUGAUACGGCGCUGGCAAUUGAACAGGAUGCCGACGACUCUCGCGUUCGAACCGCUGGAUUGCUGUUUCUAGGAGAGUUUGCCAAGUCAGGGUCCGGUGCUUCCUCUCCUUCGACAUCCGAUUGGUGGAAAGAUACCUUGGAGCGGCACAUCCUCAACUUGUUCUCAGAGGAUAGUCCAUCAUUCAAGGCUUUAGGGUGCGACUGCAUCUCUCAUAUCUCGGCCGAUGCAUUCAACGGCCUGCCUAAUCGGCUCGAAGUCCUUAUUAUGUCGUUGAUUCUCGGGACGGCCAUGGAUGAGAACGCAACUGCCAGAGCAGCGGCGUGUCGUGCGAUCGGUGUGUUCAUUUUGUUCCCAUCUCUCCGAGAAGACUGUACUCUGAUCGUCGAUAUGGCAAACACAGUACUUGACUUGUGUGGGGAUCCUAAUCUCAAUGUGAGGGUCCGAGCAAGCUGGGCAGUAGGUAACCUCAGUGACUCACUAGUGCUUCUAAAGUCAAACGGACAGGAUGCUGUUCUGGAGGAGGCUCUGACACUCUCGCUCUGGACCAAAAUCAUGAGAACUGCCUUGGCUGUUUGUCAGGACAACGAGAAGCUCAAGUCGAAUGGUAUUCGUGCAGUUGGAGGACUUCUCCGAGUGACUUUCGAGGGCAUUCUUGAGCGCGAGAGGCAUAGUUUGGUGAAGGAGGCCGUUUACGCGCUGAUAAAGCAUAUGGAGCAGGGUUCGUUGAAGGGUCGUUGGAAUGCUUGUUAUGCUAUGCAAAAUGCUUUGUUGAAUCCUGACUUUCCCAUUGGAUCGACUGCCGGGACGAGCUAUGCGCUGGAUUCAGACAUGGUCUCUUGGACAAAGGACGUCUACUGUGCGCUUCUACAAGCCAUCCAACAGAGCAAGAACUUCAAGGUCCGGAUCAAUGCAUGCGCUGCUCUUACAGUCCCCAAGACGCGAGCCAAGUUUGGCGACCAGGCACUUUUCCGCAACAUUGUUCAAGUCCUGAUGAAUGCAGUACAGAACCUGGACAAUGAGCAAGGCCAGCACGAGUUUGGCGAGUUCCAGUACCGAGGUCAACUCGAGACAAAGCUACUUCGGUGCCUAGAUCACCUACUUCAAGUCUCGGGCGGACUAUCCAAACUGGGACUGGAGCUCGAUCCGACUUUGCGUCAGAGGAUCUUGGCAAGUCGGCCUGUUGUGGCUCCUCCCAUCGAUUCGAUACAACAGUUGACUAAUAAGGUUGAGACUUUGGUUGUGUAG